GGGAGCUGGCAAUGUGUGGACAGCCAGGAGGGAUUCCUCGGGUGGGAAGAAGAUCGUGUCACUUCUGCAACUUGUUGAAUCUACAGCUGAUGCAUGGCUGAAAAGUCUCCGCUCCACUGCUAGUCCUCUGGGUAUCAACAGAGCCUUUUAAAAUUACAUCUGUGUAAGGUGAGGACCCAACAGCCAUCAGCUCUCCUCGGGGGAGGAGGUGAGGUCAUAGCAUUAUCCUGAUAUCCAAAAUGGUCCUGCACCGCCACCAGCUCACCUGCGCAGGGAUUGCAUUCGCUCUGUGCCUCCAACACCUCAUCAGCGCCAUCGAAGUCCCUCUGGAUUUGCCUCAGCCCCCCACCAUCACCAAGCAGUCUGUGAAGGACUACAUCGUUGACCCCCGAGACAACAUCUUCAUUGAAUGUGAAGCCAAAGGGAAUCCUGUUCCCACCUUUUCCUGGACACGGAACGGGAAGUUCUUCAACGUGGCAAAGGACCCCAAAGUGUCCAUGCGGAGGCGGUCGGGGACGUUGGUCAUUGAUUUCCAUGGAGGUGGGCGGCCUGACGACUAUGAGGGCGAGUACCAAUGCUUCGCCAGGAACGAUUUUGGCACUGCACUGUCCAGCAAAAUCCACCUCCAGGUGUCCAGAUCUCCCCUGUGGCCCAAGGAGAAGGUGGAUGUCAUUGAGGUUGAUGAAGGUUCUCCGCUCAGCCUGCAGUGCAAUCCACCUCCUGGUCUGCCUCCUCCUGUCAUCUUCUGGAUGAGCAGCUCCAUGGAGCCCAUCCACCAGGACAAGCGUGUCUCCCAGGGCCAGAACGGUGACCUGUACUUCUCCAAUGUCAUGCUGCAGGAUGCCCAGACUGACUACAGCUGCAAUGCACGCUUCCACUUCACCCACACCAUCCAGCAGAAAAAUCCCUACACCCUCAAGGUGAAAACCAAGAAACCCCAUAACGAAACGUCCUUACGAAAUCACACUGACAUGUACAGUGGUGAGUCAACAGCAGCUUCUGGAGACCUUCACGUUUGUAACCUCCUGUGCCUAACCCGACUGAUCCCGUGCUAACCCAGCGUGGGCUGCGUCGGCAGCAUCCCCGUGUGCACAGCCCUGAUGUGUGCGUGUGGUCCUUUCUGUGCUUUGUCCCCCAGACGUCACAAAAAGCGGGCUGGGAACAGCCCAGCAGCCCAAAUCCUCUCCGAGUUUUGACAUCUUAAAAUGAUCGAGGGCUAAGCUAAUUAAUUGGAUACACCGAGCUCAGCUCGAGAGAUAUUUGGGUUAAUAGGAUCAGGGCUAAGUGGGAAAGCUGGUGGUUGACUCCACUGCCUCAUCCUCCUGAUUGAGAUACAAGAGCCACCAUCCCUCUUUAUCUGCAUUCAGAAGGAGCACCUAUUGUGCUUGCA